AUGACGGGUCUCAACCCCGCCAAAGAUACAAUCAUGUCCAUAGCGUGCAUCAUCACUACCGCCGACCUCGCUCCGCUGGACACAGAAGGCUUCGAUGCUGUGAUAUUCCACACCCCGGAACAGCUCUCGAGGAUGUCUGAGUGGUGCGUCAAGACGCAUGGCGAGUCCGGUCUCACACAGGCAUGCCUGGUUUCGUCGACCAGUGCUGAAGAAGCUGCCACCAAACUUCUCGCAUACAUUAAACAUUACAUUCCCGAACCAGGCCGAGCUCUUCUGGCAGGAAACAGUAUCCACGCCGACCGUGCUUUCUUGGCUAUUCCACCUUGGAACGUCAUUCUGGAACACCUCCAUUACCGACUGUUUGAUGUCUCGGCCAUGAAGGAGAUGGUACGACGCUGGGCGAGUGAUUCAGUGCUGAUGGCGGCACCAAGGAAAGAACUCAAACAUACCGCCCGAGCAGAUGUGUUGGAGAGCAUCCAGGAGGCGCAGUAUUACAAGCGCUUCAUCGAGGGAAUGAGUCUGGGCAUACCCGGUGAGUACUAA